GCGGCAGCCUCAGCCCCGGGGAGACGCCGCCUCGCUCGUCACCAUCCUCCUCCCGCUUGCUCGCUGGCAAAUUGGAUCCAGCCUUGACAUUUUAAAGCUGCUUUUUCGCUGCUCGAGACAUUGUGCGCAAGGAGGGAGUUGGCGGCGUACAGCGGUACGCCUCACUAGCGCGGCUCCGAUUGCGGCGGCCAAGUGGGAGGGAGGAGCGACUGGGUCACUCCUACCGUAAAGCGCAGAAUAGCACCUCGUCAAAUUAGCCUGAAAGAAAGCUUUUCAUUCCUUGACCUCCAGAACUUGCUGCUUCGGAGCCUUCAAUAUUCCAGAGAUGACAAUAAGGAGACAAGGCCAGCCCAAAACACUUGGCUGCUUGAAGCGAAGGGCAGCAUCCAGCAGUAUUCAUCAUGAUAACGCCAGCAUUUGAACUGAGUCAGGAUCUGGAAUUUCUUAGAAUAACAAUCAAAGUGCCAUAUGCACGAGUUUCAGAGUUUGAGAUCUAUUUUGAAGGAAAGGAGUUCAAAUUUUAUGCAAAACCAUACUUUCUCAGACUGGCACUUCCGGGAAGAAUUGUAGAAGAUGGGAGAGAGAGAGCAUCAUAUGAUGACACAGGGAUUUUGACAAUCUAUCUUCCCAAGGAGAUUCUCGGAGAGAAUUUUGAUGGCUUAGACAUGUUGACAGCUCUCUUAGCACCAAAGAAAUCAAGAUCUGCAAAAUCUUUAGUAGAAGAGAUGGGUGCUGAAAAUGAGGAGAAGGUGGAAGAAGAAGAAGAAGAAGAAUUUGACUGGGAAAUUGAACAGACUCUUUAUGAGGAGAGUAAAGAGAGCCCAUUAUGUUCGGCUUGUACCUAUGGAUUUGGAAAUCUGAAGUCGGAUGUUUUCAGACGUCUUCAGGAUGAACUUAAUGAAGUUAUUGAUAUUAAAAAUCCAGACUUAACCCCCGCAGCUGAACGCAGAGAGAAAAGGCUUGCAGCAGAAGUUGCCAAAUUUGAUCCUGAUCAUUACCUUGCUGACUUUUUUGAUGACAAGACUGUUCGUCAUCUGUUGAAAUAUGAGCCUUGGUGGGUUAAAGCCUAUGGAAAAAAGAUGAAAGCCCAAGAAAGCAGUCCUUGGAAUGAGAGCAAUCAAACUGCACUUGUUUCCUUCACAGAAGACGAGAAAGAACAGCUAAGAAAAUUCACUAACAGAACUUUCCUGCUCGAUAAAAGAACCUGUCACCAAGUAUAUCUGAGUUUAGUCGAUAUACUUCUGGCUUAUUGCUAUGAAAUCUAUGCCACUGAAGGAGAAAAGAAUGUUGAGUCACCAUGGAAUAUACGAAAAUUGAGUUCAACUUUGUGCUGGCUAGAGAGUUUCACUAGCAUUUUGGAAGUUCUAAUAUCCUUUGGAAGAAGAGUUCUGUGUUAUCCACUCUACCGACACUUCAGUUUAGUGACUCGAGCCUUAAAUGACGCUGUUAUGAUAUUACAGCUGGGUAAAAGUGCCGUUUUGAAGUGUCUGUUAGAUAUUCACAAGAUUUUUCGAGAAAAUGAUCCUGCAUAUAUUCUCAAUGAUCUUUACAUCACAGAUUAUAUUAUUUGGAUUCAAAAAGCCAAGUCAAAGAAGCUGGCAGCCCUUGCCGAAUGUGUGCAAAAAGCAGAGCUGAGCAAGGACAAAAUAGGUUUAGAGCUGGACGAGCUGGAAGCCGCGGCACUGAUUGUGCAAGAGGAAGAAAAGGAGUUAAAAGCCGCUAGCGCAGAUGUUUCCGAGCAGCAGCUGCCUCCCUCUGAAGGAGAGGCGAGUGACUCUGAAGACUCAAGCAUCACUUCAUCAUGUGAGACAGGAGACUCCGAUUCAGAUGAACAAGAGUCCUCAGCCAGUGAAGAUGGGAAAAUAAAUCCUUUACAAAGCACACUCCAAGAGGAGAGGACAGCCCCGCUUAUUGACUGUAAUGGAUUAAGGCGAGACACAGGCACUUUGAUGUUAGAUGUUAGUAAUGAAAAAUCAAAGGCUUCUUUGCAAUCUACAUCUGUUCCCGGGAAACUGAUAGAGGAAUUAGGGAAGCAAAUGCAGGCUGCAAUUAGGCUUACGGAGCAGCCUGAAGGUUUGUCUCCUGUAAGUGGCAGCAGCAGAACUUCACAAGAGACAGGAACAAGCCGCACAGCUCAGCCUCAAGGACUUUCACUGGACCAUAAUGGAAAGAGACAUUUCUUAGAGGUGACUCCAAAGCCCAGCACUCUUCUGUUUCUUGGUCCCACAAAUGAAGCUUCUUAAGCAAAUGUGGCUGGGGUGGGUGGAUUUUGAAGUUAUGGUUCUUUAAACAGUCACUUCAGCAAAUGACAUAUGGGGCAAAACAGGAUGUAUCUUUUUAAAUUUUGAUUUCCAUUUUUUUCUUAUUACUAAUCAAAAGCCUUCAUGGAAGAUGGUGAAUGACAUUGUAGUGAAUCUUGUUUCAAAUAGCAAUGAUCCACCCUAAUAAAAUGCUGAUACCUAUAUGCAAGAGAUGUCAGUUCUCUUGAGUUAAUUUUGAAGUGGCGUCAUUCAAGGUUAGUAGUAUUACAAAAGUAUAAUCAAACAUUAAUGAAUUUGUGACUUGUGUUGUGCAAAUUGCUUAUAGUGAAAAAUUAUAUUUAAAUAUCUGUUUAUAUUUUAAUAUUUUGUUCCCAACUUCUAAAAUGUUCACUCUAAAUAUUACGGCCCUCUUUAUUUCCGUUUAAUCAUUUUGAGGUGCCCACUGUACAGCUACUUGCAGUAGUCUUGUAAAAUUCUAGGCACUCAUAUCCAAUAUGAUUGUUUUUCAGUAGUGUUGCAUAUGCAACCUAUUCAUUGCCAGUGCUGUCUUAUCCUGUAUUUAUCCAGAACUAAAUCGUAUUGUGUUCAGUGGGGCUUAUUGGCAGGUAAAGUGUAUUGCUCCCAUCAUGUUUUUUUUUGUCUGUGAAACAUGGCUGUGUGCGGUCAGAUUUUUUAAUCAUGUAAAUAGAGUAGUCAAAAUAUAUUUCACCUUAAGUGUGAACAUUCAGUUUCAGAUUAUUUGUACUCCAGCUAAGGUGCUAAGAUGCGAUUUAGAUGGAGGAAAGGUGGGUUAGUGGUUUGUGCAGGUCUGAAAGGCAUGAAACAUUCUUUUAGUUGUAACUCUUCCAGUGGUUUGCCAGAAGAUGCACCACAAUUCAGUGGCAGAGCUCAGCCUAUACAGCAUUUUUCUGGCUUUUAGUGCCUGAACUACUACUUAUUCUCCUGUUCCAUUCUCAAGUAGUUAAGCUUCAUUUGCUAGCACUAGGCAGAGCUGUAUGUAUUUUGUGCACCCAGUAUCCUGAAUUCCACCAAAUCUUUUCUUUUCUUUUUUGAUGAUAUGUUUCCACCAUGGUGGGCAAAGGCAGAAUAAAUUAUACAGACAAUGCAAAUGGAUUUUCACAUGCCUGAUUUCUUGUGCAGAUUUGAAAAGAAAAAUAUAGGGGUAUAUCCUUUACACAGCUAUAACACUGGGGUGCUCCAAAGAAAUCCAUAUUGCAAAAGUUAAGUGUCCCAUUCUUUAAAUUUUCUCCUCCAUUUUGUGGCUGGCAGCUGAGGAGAGAGCUUGCUUGUCUGUUCUUUGAACAGCUCUGUCUCUGGGAACUGUCAGCUUCUGUGUUAGUGAAAUCAAUCUCUUUAUUCUGUCCAAAUCAUUGUUUCUCCUCCUGUGUAGGGAAGAAUGUUACUCCAUUCUGACUUUGUUGUGGCACAGUUGGAGCUUGACCUCUCCACCUCUCUCUCCCAAUACUCAGGAGAUUUUACUAGGCAGAGAGAAAAUUCUGCUUCCUAUAUAUUAGGAAUAUAUUAAACGUGCUAACUACUAUACAGUGAUAUCCUUCAAUUAAGGCCAGGUGAUAUGCAUUAUGUGUGACACAAGGUUUGUCUCUGAAAUUAGCAUCCUGUGUCAAGUAUGUUCCCCCACAACCAGUGGUGGCUGGUGCCCAUUCAGACAAGUAGGGCAGAAGGCAGGGAGCCCAACAGGAGGCAGAACCAGAGCCAAUGAGAGGCAGAACCAACUAAUUCUAGUUUUGUCCCCAUCUUCCUGCUGAGUUCUAGAAGGAGCAAUCCUGAAGCUAAGGAGGAAGCUGAAAGGCAAGGCUAUCCCUGGACUGGUUGUAAGCAGGCAGGCAGGCAGGUGGGGGCAGUCUGAGGUUGGCGGGGCAAUGCCCCAUUGGCCCUAAUGGACCAGCCUCCACUAGCCACAGCAAUAAGUGACAAUUAACAAACCUGUGCUCUGACAUCAUUGCAUGCCAAUUAUAUGGAACAGGACAAGACUGUGGUAAUGUCAGAACAUAAGAAAGUGUUCCUAAGUAUUGUGGGAAGAAGGAAGAGAACUUGUACAUGGGAUGCAGUUUUCAGUAGUAUCCACAGGAUGCCUGAAAGCAUCUAUUUCCACUCGCUGAAGUUGUUAAGAAAGAAAAAAUGCCUCAUUACACCCCACCAGUUGGCUAGAAGUCAGUAACCCACAUUCGCCCCCUCUUAUCUGAGGAAGUUUUUGGUCCUGAUAUUUUUGUCCCCAACAUCCUAAUCUUGCAGGUUUCUGUUUCUGCCCUGUUAUAUAGCCCCUGUUCUGUUUAGCUUUUUUAUACCUCCCAAAUUUGUUGGCUAUGCUGGUUUCACAAACCAAAGCUAACAGGGAGAAAGAGCAAGUGGUACCAAAAUGAUCGCUAGAGUCAUCUGUUGCAGUUGUAGGGGAGAUGCUGUUCUAAUUCUUUGUUUUGAGUUUUGGUGGUCGCAUUUCUUUUUUUAAAAUGGCCACCCUCCCUCCCACAGUUUGUACUUGAAAAUGGUUGUAUUUGUCUACUGUAAACAGCUGAGAGGUCUUUGUUCUAGUAAAUGGUAUUUACAUUUUGUUAAAUAAAAUAAAUAAAAGAA